CCUCCGCGCGCGGCGCUCUCCGUCGCCUCCGUUCCGCCAAGCGGCACGAGCGGCUUAGGGGCGUGGUCGCCUGCGCGGUUCCGCCUCGCGUUGCGGUGCGCGUGCGCCCGCGGGUGCGUGCGCGCGGCGUUUCCGGCCCGGCGGAGCAGGAUGGUGCUGCUGGAGAGCGAGCAGUUCCUGACAGAGCUCACCCGACUCUUCCAGAAGUGCAGAACUUCGGGGAGCGUCUUCAUAACGCUGAAGAAAUAUGAUGGCCGAACAAAACCAGUCCCACGCAAAGGCCAUGUAGAAGGUUUUGAGCCAGCAGACAAUAAGUGUCUUCUAAGAGCAACUGAUGGAAAGAAGAAAAUUAGCACAGUGGUGAGCUCAAAGGAAGUAAAUAAAUUCCAGAUGGCAUAUUCAAAUUUGCUGAGAGCUAACAUGGAUGGCUUGAAGAAAAAAGACAAGAAAAGCAAAAACAAGAAGAGUAAAGCAACUCAGUGAUGGAACUGUGCCCUAUCAUCACUGUAACAGACUUGACCCUUGCUCAAAGCAAAGUCCAUUUCUUUUUGAGUUACCACUUGUCUUUGGCUUUCCUUGCAGCAGGAAACUGGGAUGCGAUCAGUACUUUUGGUUAAACUGGGAGCACAAGGUGCUUUCUGUGGAUUGCUGUACGGUGGGAGUAUUUAUAGAGUUACGCUGAAACAGCUUUACACUCAGCUGCCAACUACUUUUGUACUUACACUGCUGUUUGUUUUGUAUUAUACAAGUGGGCAGUGUAAAACCUGUUUGGGGGGGUAACACAGGGUGAAGAGAAAUGCACCGUGCCAGGAGCAAAGCAAGACUGGAGCAGGAGUCUUGGUGACAGAUGCCCAGUUUAAUAGAUAAGCCUCAGUAAGUAGUACUAGGGAAAGCAGGUGCCAACAUACUAUCAGGAACAGCAGCUUUCCUGUUUGUCUCUUAUUUUGAGGGACAUGUUGCCAUGAUGCAGUGCAGAUACACCUAAGGCAGGCAGCACAGUGCUGGCAGCUGUGCCUUUGCUCCAUGCUGAUCCAGCUGUGCUGAUCUUGGCUCAGGGUGCGGUGGGGGGUGGGGUGUCAGGACUCUGCAUCAUAUUCCCUUCAGAUGUGGCUUAAAAAAGCUCAUGUCACCUAAACCUUUACUUUUCCUUCUUUUUUUUUUUUUUUUUUUUUAAAGCUUCAUUAUUCAGUAUAUUCAGGGAUCUGAAUUUCCCCAUACUUCACGUCUUAAAAUAGCUCCUUCAUAUGAGCAGAUGUAAAAGGUCAAUACUUAAUUGUUCCUAUUAAACACACUGAGAAAUGGA